AUGAUCAAAGUCAAGUUCUGUGUAUUGCUUUUCUCGCAAUUGUUGACAUCCACAACAGCCUUCGAUAAUCAUGAAGAUCAAACUAAAAACAUUUCAAUCGAUUCUCAUGAAUUUGAAUUGAGUAAAAAGCAUAUAAAUACAAAACUAAAGGUUACAAUAAAUGAACAAAAUAUUGAUGAAGCUAUUAAAUAUGGUUUUGAUGUAACUGAACAUCUAAUAACAGUCAAAGAGCCUCUUUGGUAUGAAAUGGGAUUAGUAUUAGAUAAGAGUCAUCCUGCUAGUAAAGUAGCAGAGUUUGGGAGACCGAAUGAGAAGGCUUUGAAACUAUCACAUUUCGGCAUGGCUGCAUUGGAAACAACUAAAAAAAUUAUCGAUAAUCUUCCGGAAAAUAUGAGCCGUGAAAUAGCUAGCUUUCCUCUUUCGUUUAAAUCCAAAAUUUUAGUUGACGAUUGUCCUUUAAAUCAAAAGCCGAGAUGUCCCAUAUCAUCUAGAAAAUAUAGAACAUUCGACGGUUCUUGUAAUAAUAUUUUAAAUCCAUGGAGAGGUUCAUCUAUGUUACCAAUGCAACGAUUUUUACCCCCAAUCUACGAAGAUGGUAUUCAGAGUGUUAGAAGAUCUGUACUAGGAACAAGACUUGCGUCAGCUAGAGAAAUAAGUUCCAAAAUUCACAAGGAUAAAAACCAAGAACAUAAUUUGCUUACUUUAAUGUUCAUGCAGUGGGGACAAUUUAUUGAUCAUGACGUAACUUCCGUCGUCAAAUCUAGAGGUUUUAACGGCUCAGUCCCUAGAUGCUGCACUAGUGAUGGAAGAAAAUUGUUACCUAAGGAACUUUCACAUCCUUCAUGUUUACCUAUAGAAAUUCCAGAGAAUGAUUGGUUCUUUGGUAAAUUUGAUAUUAGUUGUAUGGAAUUUCUGAGAAGCGCUCCUUCUACAAGAAUAAACUGUGAUUUGGGAUGGAGAGAACAAAUUAAUCAAGCUACUUCUUUUAUAGACGCUUCAACAAUUUAUGGUAAUGAUCUUGAAACAGCAGAUACUAUAAGAACAUUUAGGCGCGGUAAGAUUUUUUAUGGUAGACCUCUUGGAGAUCGACCACUGCAACCACCUGAUCCUCUAGGAGGUGAAUUGUGCAAUGCUGGGGCAUUAACAACUGAUUGCUUUGAAACAGGAGACACUAGAGUAAUAGAGCAACCUGGUUUAACGGCAAUACAUACAGUUUGGAUUAGAUAUCAUAAUAAAAUAGCUACUCAAUUGUCUCGAAUGAAUCCCCAUUGGACAGAUGAAAAGGUAUAUCAAGAAACAAGAAGGAUUGUUUAUUCACUCAUUCAACAUAUUACUUAUAAAGAAUUUCUUCCUGUAUUAUUGGGACGAGAAGUAAUACAACUUUUUGACUUAGAUUUGAUCAGUAGAGGAUAUUAUGUCGAUUACAAUCCCAAAGUAGAUCCUAUGGUAGCUAAUGCUUUUAGUACAGCAGCUUAUAGAUUUGGACACAGUAUGGUACAAAAUUCUUAUGUAAGAUUUGAUGGGAAGCAUCGUCCUAUUUUCAACAAUGUAUCUCUUCACGACGAGUUUACAAACUUUGAAAAUAUCUGGAGUUUUGGUUCGGUCGAUAGGACAUUGUUAGGUUUCUGUAAUCAACCAUCUCAACGUAGAGACGAAUUUAUCUGUGACGAAUUAUCUAAUCAUCUCUUUCAAUCGACUGAUAUGCCUUUCGGUAUGGAUUUAGCUGCAAUUAAUAUUCAAAGAGGUCGAGAUCAUGGAAUCCCACCUUAUACGUCAUGGAGAGAACCUUGCGGACUAACACCAGUACGAACAUGGGAUGAUUUAAAUAAGAUUUUCAGUUUGGAGACAGUAAAUAAAUUUAGAAGUGUCUAUAGUCACGUGGACGACAUUGACCUUUUCAGUGCUGGAUUGGCUGAAAAACCUGUCAAGGGUGCAGUGGUUGGACCCACGUUUGCUUGUAUUAUCGCACAACAAUUUGUUAAUUUGAGAAAAGGAGAUCGAUUUUGGUACGAGAAUGGUAACUUCGCUUCCUCUUUUACACCAGCUCAGUUACAGCAAAUUAGGCGAGCAACCUUCUCCAGUGUACUAUGUCAGACUUUAGACGAAAUAGAAACAAUACAACCUUUCGUAUUUUUGGCGGCCAACAGGGAAAAAAAUAGCAGGCUCUCUUGUGAAGAUCCUCUAUUAAAAAAUUUCGAUCUGUUUCCAUGGAAAGAAACUGACCCUAAUAGAGAGGAUAUUAGGUCAUUUUCAAGAGAAGGAUCUUAUAGCUUAUCAGAAACGAGACGAAACACCAUAUUAAAAAAUAGAAAGAAGGAAAAACCUUCUUCUACGAUUACUACCAGUCAUACUAUUGUAAUUCAAAAUAGUGGGGAUUCUUUGAAGACUAAAAAAACUGAAAAACCUCUAGAAGUUAAUAUCAAGAUUGAAUAUUAUCCUCCUUCUAACCAGCUGAAUACUAAAAAAGUGACUGCAGUUACUCCAGCAGGCACUUUUGCUUCCAAUUACUUCGAUCAGCAACCCAUAUCGUAUCCAGUUUUUCUACAAUUGCCACCAGUACAGAAUGCGUACAACUAUCCUUCUAAUAAACCAAGUUUCUCACAAACCAAACCCAUAUUCACAUCCUCUGGUUCCAGUAAUGAAGUUAAUUAUGGGUCAGACAACUACAGACCUCUACAAAUAUAUCAUAAACCCAAGGACGAAGCUUACAAUCAUCCUGUAAAUUACAUACCUGGUGAUGAUUAUGGUGAUGAAGUAAUAUUUGAGGACACACCCUUCGUAACAUCCAACAAACCUACAACAUACAAACCAAUAACGAAUCAUUUUUUAUAUAACGACGUCUACGUAUCAAAGAAACCAAUCAAAACUAGUUACGACGCUAAUAUUCAUGAAUAUUUCCAUAAAAAUAAAUAUCAGAAAGUUGAUUCUCCUGUGAAGAUUUAUUCCAAAGGCUACGUUCAGAAGGUAGAUGCUAGUAAUAUCGACGAAAAAUUAGAUUUCAAAACGCGAUUAGUGGAUAAAACCAAACAAGAGAAUAAAGAUAAGAAGUUUGUCAAAAUUUCGUCUAUAAAGUUACAAUCUCAAGUCUCGAGUAAUGUUGCGAUAAUAGAUACUGCUUUCCAAAGAGAAGGAGAAAUCGAAAUAACCGAAGGAAAUGACAAUGAGAUGCGACUGGUGGAAAUGGACGUGGCUCCUACUGAAAAUGACGAUAAUAACUGGUUGGUUUAUAAUGAAACCGAAGAAGUGAUAUCAAUAUUAGGUGUACCAAAUAUGAAUACUCAAACAGACAGUACAGAAGAUCUACCUCGACCUAUUGAACAUUGGAGAAAAAUUAAGUAA